UAAGUUUACCCAUUUGCCCACUUCAGGAAAGAGUGAACAAAAAGUUGAUUGAAUGAUGAUAAUGUUUUUAUUUUAUUUUUUAUGAGUGUGAAAGAGAGAAGCAGAAGAAGAAGUAAAUUGUGGGAUCAUAUGAUGUGCGGAUGUGUGUGUUCCUUCUGAUUUUUGUUUGUAUGUUUUGUUUGUUUGUCAAAUCAAGUACACUUACUAUAGAGUCAAGGAAAGUCAGCUGCUUGGAAGGUGGGUUUUCUUGGAAUUAGUGGUGAUGCUUCAAAUCCAAAAUCGUGGGUAUUUCGACCGACUCGGUGCAACACUCGAGAAAGUAUUUCAAAGUACUUGAUCAGCUAAUUGGGUCACAAUUAACAACUAAUUGUCGAGGUUUCUACAAUUCGUGAAAGAUAAUAGAAUAGAAAAGGUUUACUUUAUCGACUGUUCGACACGUAUUCAUGUUGUAUCUUGUCGUGAAAAAAAACACAGUAGUUUUGCGAAACUAAAAAUUUAAAUCUUAAUUGCAGACAAUCACCCCCCUCCCAAACUGAACUUCUCAAGUCUUCCAUUUCAGACCUAAUUAUGGUUCAAUUGUUUUAACAAAUCCAUUACAUACCAAUAAUUUCUUAUUUUUAAUUUUACCCACUUACCCACUAAGCACUUGUAACUGAUUUUACCAUAUUCUUCACUUGUAAUUUGUAAAUUACCUUGGCAACAAAUUUUGGUGAAAGUUGGGAGGUGGGGGAGAAUUUUACCUUUACGAGAACAAGUGAAGUGAGUGGGCAAAUGAACGUGGACGAGUCAGGGUCAGGUCAGACCUAUAAAUGGGAUUCCUUUCUUUCCUCUGUUUCCCCAGUUUGCCAACACAUUACACACUACAAUAUUGAGCGGGGGAAAAGGGUGAAAAUGAGAGGUGAAUACAAUUCCCCUGCAUUUCCAUUUUCCAUAGCCGAGAGAAAGAACUUCAAAACAGAGAAUACAAACAAGAAUCGAAAGAAGGAAAUUAGCAGGCUAGCUAGUUGCUGUAGCAGCAGCAGCCCUCAGCCCCUGUAAUUUCAAAAGCUGAACCCUGCCAAAAGGACCACACAAGCUAACCAUCUUUUUCCUCCCAAAUGCACCCACUUCUCUAAUGUUGUAUGUUGUUGAAGCGUCACGAGCCGCGCGAGCGUCACCAACUUGAUUUCAGUCCGUACUUAAAUCUUCGCAUCAAUACAUCGCAUUCAAAACUUGAGUACUCGGUUCAAACUGAUAGCAACCUGUUGCUAUCGGGUUAGGGUUUUGCUUGUAACUCACAAGCGAGAGAACGACGUAGAGUGUCGAAAGACUUUUAGGUUUAUUCUUUGAUUGCCUCUCCGACUAAUGCCUUGAUUACAAUAUAUAGACGACUAAACCUAAUACCUAAACCAUCAACCCUAGCCGACCCCUACUACUUCCCUAGGCCUCUCGGCCCUCUCCUAUCCCAACACAUAAACGGAGACUUAGCUCCCAAAAACUAAGUCUAAAUACUAAUUAACCCAACAAUAUCCCCUAAGCCCAAUACCCACACAAGCACAAUACGUAACAUAGAAAACCAAAGAAAACACCCAAGGCCGCCUAACAAACGAGUUGCUAUCACAAACUAACUACAUGAGUUCUCCACAUGGGUUUCGGUUUUAUAAACGACUUUGUUAUAAACGCGCUGUUACGGAUCGGAAAAUCGCAGGAAUCGACAAAGAAAAAAUACGAAAGCGAGAAUCGAAAACACGACACACGAUUUACGUGGUUCACUAACACGAUGUGUGUUAGCUACGUCCACGGGCGAGAGAGAGCCAGUUUCACUAUAUCAAGGAGAUUACAGAUUACAGAGGAGUAUGAGAAGUAUUUAUAGUACUUCUCCAUGUGGAUCUAAACCUAAUCCAUUCUGGCAAAGAAAACGGUUACAGACCAGACCCAGAACCCGAACCCAAAUAACAGUAAGGCAGCUAGGCAAUGGCUUAUUAUUUCUUAGCUGCUGCCUAUAAACUCCAUUUAUGAACCAGAAAGCUAUGGAUGUGAACUCUGAGCAGCACGUUUUCGGAAUUUUCAGGGACACUCACUGUCACGUAAUUGACCCUUGCUUGCCUGCUCCCCAUUUCCAUCCAUUUCAAGUUUCCAUCACUGAACACCAAAGAACAAAGAUUGGAAAUCAUUCAUAAUACAGGUGUGGGGAUUGCAUUAAAUGCCCUCUCAUCUUCCCCAGCUUCUCAAACUUUAAGGAAGGUGAAUCGUUCCCAAUAAACCAAUCAAAAGUUACUGUGUAAACUAAUUUGCAGGGUUCUUGUAGGUAGAAAUUUGUAUCCAGAUUUGUUGUGUUAGUAAUGGCAGUGUCCGCUUUCAGUAAGCACGUUGUUGACGACCCACAUGAUAUGUGUGAUGUAAAAUCGGAAUUCGAGAAUCAUUGAAAUUUACAAUCGAACUGAAGUAUGAAAUAAAAAAUUUGUGAUGUCGGGGUCAUGAUUAUUAUCUAACAGAUAGACACCCGUGUCCACUAGAAAAAAUAAAAAGAAAUUUAGUAUAAAAUUUUAAAACGAGGGGAGCAAUAGACAUGAUGCUAUUAGACAAUAAUGAUAUGAUUGAGGCUUAAGAUCCGGACAACACAAGUUGUUGAGAUGAAAUAGUUCUCUGUAAUAAGUCUUGUUUUCAAACCCUUUACGACCCUCCAUAUCUACUGAUAUUCAGACCUCAAUUUUGCGAUGGGUUUGAACAAAUAUCAAUUUCAUGCGUUAACUUUGAUUUUGAAAAGUAAAGUAAGUGAUCACCG